AUGUCAUCCAUAUUCUCUUUCUUUUUCCUCCUUAUAAUUACAACGUUUAUUGCUGCGAGUCAAAAUUAUGUCCUCGAAAAGUUCGGGAACGAUACUACUGAACUGAUCCGUUAUAUUACUAAGGGUGAUGGAGCCGGAUUAGCUUAUCAGUGGCUUAGCACAUUGGUUGAUGGUUUUGGACAUCGUAUGGUUGGCUCUGAUAGUUUGGAAGAAGCGAUUGAUUUCCUAGCAAAAAGUUUGGAAGAAGACGAUUUUGAUGAUGUGCACACAGAGGAAGUACCAAAUUUGCCAAAUUGGGUUCGCGAAGACGACAACGUUGAAAUAAUUGAACCACGGCAUCAGCGGCUUAAUGUGCUAGCUCUUGGAGGAUGCGAACCAGCUAAUAUAACCGGAGAAGUUGUUGUCAUUCGUGACCUCGAUGAUUCCAAGUUCAUUAACGUCAGCGGAAAGAUUGUCGUAACAGCACAACAAUUUAAAGGAUAUCCACAAACGGUUAAAUAUCGACAAUCAGUAAAACUGUUCGAAUCACUGGGUGCCAUUGGCGUUUUAAUAAAAUCUGUAACAUCAUUUUCCAUUAAUUCACCUCAUACUGGCAGUGGUGCAGAGGGUGCAAGAAUACCGGCUGCUUCUUUGACAAUAGAACAAGCUGACAUGAUCGAUCGAAUGUUUCAGAACGGCGAAAAGAUUGUAAUCCGAAUGAAUAUGAAGUCUCAUAGCGAGAAUCAUACUACAACAUCUAGAAAUCUCAUCUUCCAAAUUACCGGUGAGAAAUUUCCGUCUGAAGUAGUACUGUUAUCAGCACAUUUGGACAGUUGGGAUGUUGGACAAGGCGCAAUGGAUGAUGGCGGUGGUUGUGCUGCUGUAUGGAGUGCUUUAUAUUCUUUGAAACAAUUAGCUAAAAAAAAUGCUGCUUUCAAGCCAAAACGAACAAUUCGAGGAAUAUUUUGGACUUCAGAAGAACAAGGAUUUUUGGGUGCAAAACAUUAUUAUAAUACUCAUAAAAAUGAUACAAAUGAAACAUUUUAUUUUGUAUCUGAAACCGAUACAGGAGCAUUCAGACCAGUCAAUUGGUUUUCUCAUCUAUCCUUCAGUGGUGAUCAGCAACAUAUGAAACGAUUGGAUGAAAUAGUACACUUGUUGAACAGAAAUGGUAUACUGCUUGGACUGAUGAAUAACCCAAGUCAGGGUGACGUUAGGUUCUGGGCUAAGGAUGGAAUACCGUCAGUUAAUUACAUACCUGACAAGGCCAUCGAUUAUUAUUUCUAUUUUCAUCAUACUGGUGGUGAUUAUAUAACGAUAUUCAAGGAUGGAGAUCUGGAGUAUACAGCAUCAAUUUUUGCUGUUUUGGGACAUAUAAUCGCCAAUAUGGAUAAUUGGGGACCGACGUAA